CCUUGCCGCGCCGCGCCCCUGCGCUCCGAGCGCUCGGGACUCGCUGGGAUUUUUCCGUUGCUCGCCGAUGGUAUCGCGCAGCGCCGCCUACGACAGGCUUUCCGAAGGUGAAAGUAAAGCUGCCGGCCGAGACGAGAGAAAUGGUCGAGCCCCCGCAAACACCAGUGAACUCGGAGGCGAGGGCACCUGAACCGCACCACCACCGCUCCGCCGAGCCCGAGGGCAGCGUAUAUUUCAUCUGUGGUCAUCAUUUUGUGAAGAACGAAGCGGGUAGAGAGGUGUCGUCACCGCUUUCAUAAAAAGAAGUACAGUAGCUACUUCUGAGGCGGCUUUUUGGUUUCGACUCUACCGUGAGCGACAGACGCCCGAAGGAGGAGAAGUUAUGAGCGCAUAACAACAUCGCUCACUGACACUGACUGUGACUGAGUGAGUGAGUGUACGGACGAGCUGCUAACUUAUCACAGGAGCCGACACCCAGGCUGUCGCAGUAUGGGGGACUGGAACCAAAGCCUCGCCGGCCUGGGGGAGGGAGCCCUGCGGAAGCUGGCAGACCUGCUGGACAACCCUGGGUGUGGCUGGAAACAGCUUGCGGCUACAGCUGCGGAGAAACCUGAGUUUCGCUAUAGUGAGAAGAAGCUGGUGAGCUGUUCACUGGAAGCAUUGAAGCCAACAGGGAGCCCUGGCCGCUUCCUCUUGGCCAUGCUAGCUGACCAGGGCUGCUCCGUGGACUUCCUGCUGCACUGCCUCCGCAAGAUGGAGCACCACGAUGCAGUGCAGUACCUCACAUCCACAGUGACGGAGCAGAUACGGAUCACGGGACAGCCGGAGUCCCGGCUGGUGCCAGAAGGGGAAAGUGUGAUUCUGAGGUGCCAAGCAAAGGGCCCAGCAGGGCUGGGGUACCAGUGGUUUAAGGGAAAAGAGGAGGUUCCUGGUGCUAAUGGGCCUGAGCUGGUUCUUCGACCUCUUACUUCAGCUCAGCAGGGACACUACAUCUGCCGUGUCAACUACGGGGAGCAGUUUGCCUUCUCCCAGUGGGCACGCAUCCAUUGUGCAGGCGGCGGAAGCUUUGGUGCGAACAUAGCAGGUCUAAGCAGUUUUUCAUCAGUGAGAGUGCUACGCAUUGUCCAGCAGCCCCGACACUUGUUUUUAGCAGAGGGGGAUUGCCUACAUAUGGAAUGCAUUGCUGAGGGAAGCCCACCUCCACAGUACCAGUGGUACCACAAUAAAGACCCCUUACCACCGGCCAUUCAGAGUUGCCUUAAGAUACCGUGUGUGACCACUGCAGACAGAGGCCGGUACAGCUGCAGAGUGUACAAUAUUUUCAAUGAGUUGUGGAGUGAUGAAGUCCAUGUGUCAAUUGGUCCUGGCUCUUGUGACUCUUGGCCAGAGAAUGUUGAAGGUUUUGCUGCUGGUCCAGUCAAAGAACACAGGCGUUUCUAUGCCACAGAUAAGGUGGCCCUUCUCAUUGGCAACAUGAACUACCAACACCACCGGCAGCUACGGGCACCCAUGGCCGAUGUCCAUGAACUCACUAACCUGCUGCGCCAGCUCGACUUCAAGGUGGUGUCUCUGCUCGACCUAAACUGGCAGGAGAUGCGCAGUGCUGUGACUGAAUUCCUGCUGCUGCUGGACCGUGGUGUCUACGGGCUACUUUAUUUUGCGGGCCAUGGCUAUGAGAACUAUGGCAGCAGCUUCAUGGUGCCCAUCGACGCCCCAGCUUCUUACACCUCAGAGCAUUGCCUGCGAGUGCAGGAUGUGCUGCAGCGAAUGCAAGAGCGCCAGACGGGCCUCAACGUCUUUCUGUUGGACAUGUGUCGCAAGCGAAACCUGAAUGAUGCCAUUAUUCCUCAACCUGGACCUAUGAAGGUAACGGCUAACAUUGUGUUUGGCUAUGCUACCUGCGUGGAUGCAGAGGCCUAUGAAGUGAAUAAAGAUGAUCUGACCAAUGGAAUUUUCAUGAGUUUCCUUAAGCAGCGCCUCCUAGAAGAUGAAAAAGUCACUGUCAUGCUGGACAGGGUUGCUGAAGAUAUGGGCCACUGUGAGAUCACACGUGGCCGGCAAGCCCUGGAGCUGCGCAGUAACCUGUCAGAGCGCCGUGCACUCACUGACCUCAUCCAGUCCUCCAGCUGCCCUGUAACCACCUGUGCUCGAAACCUCCAGUGGUCCAUUGCUCAUGUGCUGCCAGACAGCCGCUGUCUAGAAUUUGACUGUGGCGUGAGGGUGCAGCUGGGUUUCGCUGCCGAGUUCUCCAACAUCAUGAUCAUCUACACUCGUAUUGUGGAGAAGCCCAGCAACAUUAUUUCCUGCUCUGCCCUGCUCUCUGACUUCUCUGAGGAUUUUCACAUGGAUCUAAAGCUGACCAAUCAGCAGAGCCCUCGGGAAGCAGGAAGCUGGCUGCUCUCAAUGGACAGUGCGUGCGUGCCAACCCUCUACACCCGCUUCAGUGCCCUGCAGAAACUUAAGAAGGAGCUGACAUUCAACGUGUGUCUCCAUUACCGGUACAACAGCAUGGAUGAUGAAGUGCGAGAAAAGCAGAUGGUUUCUGUAGGGAAGCCUCUGGUAGCCAAACUAAACCUCCAUGAGCCGCGGAUGCCCCAUUGCUUGUCAGCCACCUACUCUUCAUGUGAACCUCACUCUUUCAGUCUUCCAGACUCUUCCUUUUCCCCUGAGCAGUUAAACUCUAGGCUCCCUACUUCAGAGAGCCAAAGCUUGACUUCUGCCUGCCUGGCCUGCUACUCAAAGCCAGGAGAAUAUCCUGAUGCCCACUGUCCCAGGAGAGCCAAUUUACCCGAGGAGAGCAUCAGUCCAGAAUACCUUCAAAUGGAUGCAACUCUGCCUCUACAACUGAAUGCUAAUAGGAUGCACAGUCCUUUAGAGAACCUUUCAUUCCAGUUCCACACCAAACAGAACUUCCACUCUGUUUAGAGGUCCACUGUUGUGAGAUGUCACUGUUUUCUCUGACAAAGAAUAUCAGAAUCCAGAGUUUUACUUAACACAAUCCAUUACUUUCUACUUUUUUUUAAAUCAUAAGUGAUUUAAAAAAUCGGAUUUUGUUAUUAUAAACAGUAUAACCUAAUUCCACGUUAGUGAAACUGCAUAAACAAAGGUAACGUUUUGUUAUUAAAGCAUUUGUCAAAUGAUCUAAUUCUUUAAGUGUAAAAUACUGUAAUUUUAUGCUUCUUGUUUGUAAAAAUGGCAGCACUGCAAAAUAAUUUACAACUUAGGUAACCCAUCUGUGAAAAGCUUUUUGUGUUUAGAAACUAAGCCAAGUCAUUUGCAACUGUAUUCGUGUCUUUCAACUUGUAGGCUACAACAACUGAAGCUUUACCACUCCUGUAGAAUUUUUUAAGGGCUUACACUGAAAGAUGAAUAAAAUGAUACUUUACAGCUAUGAAUUGUGUGUCAUUAA